CACAGUAAAAAAGAAACAUUGGUUCUGAGCGUAACCCAGGUAUCGCCAGAAACACACACAUCAGGAAUUCCGAUGUAAGCCAUUCUACCCCGUGCAUUCAGACAAGUUACCUCAACUUGAGCUGCGAUCUGGACGCAAGGUAAGAAUUUUCAUCCUUUUCGUCAUAAAAAAAAUUGUUUUCAUUUUGUAAUUUUUUGUGUGUUUAAAGUUGUAAGUCAACUCUAUUUUCACCGUCGUAGCAAAGAAUCAUUUAACGUAUGCUUGUUUAAAAGUUUUAUGAAUACAAAUAGCUACACCUUGCUGUGAGACUUAUUCUUUCUGUUUCCCCUUAAAUUCCAUGUUGUGUAAUAGUCGUUCUAUUUCUGGAUCUAGGCGCAUCUAGUACAUACGUCUACCUGCUGCUCGACUCAGACUUCGGCCAGCCUAACGAGCAUCUAACUAGCUCAAGUAAAACACGUCGGAAGAUAGAAUGAAGCAUGAAUAUCUUGAAUUAUACAUGAAGAUAGAUUGAAGCAUGAAUAUCUUGAAUUAUACAUGAAGAUAGAAUGAAGCAUGAAUAUCUUGAAUUAUACAUGAAGAUAGAAUGAAGCCUGAAUAUCUUGAAUUAUACAUGAAGAUAGAAUGAAGCAUGAAUAUCUUGAAUUAUACAUGAAGAUAGAAUGAAGCAUGAAUAUCUUGAAUUAUACAUGAAGAUUGAAUGAAGCAUGAAUAUCUUGAAUUAUACAUGAAGAUAGAAUGAAGCAUGAAUAUCUUGAAUUAUACAUGAAGAUAGAUUGAAGCAUGAAUAUCUUGAAUUAUACAUGAAUAUAGAAUGAAGCAUGAAUAUCUUGAAUUAUACAUGAAGAUAGAUUGAAGCAUGAAUAUCUUGAAUUAUACAUGAAGAUAGAAUGAAGCAUGAAUAUCUUGAAUUAUACAUGAAGAUAGAAUGAAGCAUGAAUAUCUUGAAUUAUACAUGAAGAUAGAUUGAAGCAUGAAUAUCUUGAAUUAUACAUGAAGAUAGAUUGAAGCAUGAAUAUCUUGAAUUAUACAUGAAGAUAGAAUGAAGCAUGAAUAUCUUGAAUUAUACAUGAAGAUUGAAUGAAGCAUGAAUAUCUUGAAUUAUACAUGAAGAUAGAAUGAAGCAUGAAUAUCUUGAAUUAUACAUGAAGAUAGAUUAAAGCAUGAAUAUCUUGAAUUAUACAUGAAGAUAGCUUGAAGCAUGAAUAUCUUGAAUUAUACAUGAAGAUAGAAUGAAGCAUGAAUAUCUUGAAUUAUACAUGAAGAUAGAUUGAAGCAUGAAUAUCUUGAAUUAUACAUGAAGAUAGAAUGAAGCAUGAAUAUAUUGAAUUAUACAUGAAGAUAGAAUGAAGCAUGAAUAUCUUGAAUUAUACAUGAAGAUUGAAUGAAGCAUGAAUAUCUUGAAUUAUACAUGAAGAUAGAAUGAAGCAUGAAUAUUUUGAAUUAUACAUGAAGAUAGAAUGAAGCAUGAAUAUUUUGAAUUAUACAUACCUCCUUCUAUUUAAUGUAGGAUUAAUAUAAAAUCAAUUUUAGGAAUCAAUUUUAACAUAUUUUUAUAUUUUAUCAUCUUCAUAACAGGACUAGAUUACAACAAAAUAUCAAAUCCAAAAUGAUGUCUCGUCUCUAAGAAUAAAAGAAUGACAAAAAGAGUUGUCUACUUUAAAAAUUGACUUUUUUUUUUCUUCUAAUUUUAAAUAUUUAUUUUGAAUUAACAAAAUCCAUCAGGGACUAGUUACCAUUUAUCAAUUCCUUAAACUUUGUAUCUUACAGCAACAAGACGGGAAUGAAGCAAAUUUCGACUCUGUUUUGUAUUCUCGCCCUUCAUGUGUUUGCCUCCGAGGCACAGGAAACGGAAGUUGUUAAAACACCCGCAGGGAGGCUGAGGGGUUUGAAGGUGACCGCAAGUAAUGGCCAGUCUCUCUGGGCGUUUCGAGGAAUACCUUUUGCACAGCCACCUGUUAGACAGCUGCGUUUUUCUAAACCAUUGGCUUUUCCCGUACAAUGUGAGUAUCAGGUGUUCAUCUAUACCAUUGGCUCUUCCCUUACAAUGUGAGUAUCAGAUGCUCAUCUAUACCAUUGCCUUUUCCCGUACAAUGUGAGUAUCAGAUGCUCAUCUAUACCAUUGCCUUUUCCCGUACAAUGUGAGUAUCAGAUGCUCAUCUAUACCAUUGCCUUUUACCGUACAAUGUGAGUAUCAGAUGCUCAUCUAUACCAUUGCCUUUUCCCGUACAAUGUGAGUAUCAGAUGCUCAUCUAUACCAUUGCCUUUUCCCGUACAAUGUGAGUAUCAGAUGCUCAUCUAUACCAUUGUCUUUUCCCGUACAAUGUGAGUACCAGAUGCUCAUCUAUACCAUUGCCUUUUACCGUACAAUGUGAGUAUCAGAUGCUCAUCUAUACCAUUUCCUUUUCCCGUACAAUGUGAGUAUCAGAUGCUCAUCUAUACCAUUGCCUUUUCCCGUACAAUGUGAGUAUCAGAUGCUCAUCUAUACCAUUGCCUUUUCCCGUACAAUGUGAGUAUCAGAUGCUCAUCCAUACCAUUGCCUUUUCCCCGUUCAAUGUGAGUAUCAGAUGCUCAUCUAUACCAAUGCCUUUUCCCGUACAAUGUGAGUAUCAGAUGCUCAUCUAUACCAUUGCCUUUUCCCGUACAAUGUGAGUAUCAGAUGCUCAUCUAUACCAUUUCCUUUUCCCGUACAAUGUGAGUAUCAGAUGCUCAUCUAUACCAUUGCCUUUUCCCCGUUCAAUGUUAGUAUCAGAUGUUCAUCUAUCAAUGCCAUAGGCUAAAGGGCUGUCAACGUUGUCCACCCUCGUGAAGCUAACUUCCAGGGUCAACUGUCUUGUAAUCUGAUUAAAAUAAAAUUGGUUUUUUAAAAUAAAACCAUAAAAUAUCUAAUAAGAAUUGCGCUAUUUUGACCCUUUUACUUUCUUUAACGGUGUUAGGGUUGCUGUCGUCACCUUAGGCCGCGGCUAUUGAAUUUUCACCUCGGACUUUAUCCCAGUCCCCCUUACCUUAAGCAUAAAUUGUAACCUAAAUUUAAAUAGGACAGAGGAGGAAAUAGCUUCCGCUAGUUUUAGCGUUGAACAUCAAACUUUAAGGACAAAGCUUUCCUUUAGUUUUUGAGGCUGCAAACAUAUAAAGCAGUUGAUAAAAUCAUCAAUCGUGUCACUAUUUAUUGAUCAAGUCGAAUGAUCAUAAAGCAAAGGAUUCCAGACACGGUGGUCGCAUUUUUGUAACUAUUACCUCACCAUAUCAUUAUGGUUUAUUAGUAUUUUAAAAAAAAAAUCUUAAUUUUUUUAAGAGGGGUCUUGGGCUAAAAAGUAGUUUUACAGAAAUGACUCCGACUGGUGUAUAGAUUUAAUUACAAGUUGGUAAUUAAUUGUCUGCAAACGAAUAGUGAAUAUUACAUAAGACUAUACGUGGUUUAGAAAAUCCAAAUAUUUUUUUUUUAAAAAUGAUCGAAACUAAAAUGAUCGACUACACUUAACUGUUCUGGUCAAACCUAAAUGAUCGACUAUACUUAACUGUUCUGGUCAAACCUAAAUGAUCGACUUUACUUAACUGUUCUGGUCAAACCUAAAUGAUCGACUAUACUUAACUGUUCUGGUCAAACCUAAAUUAUCGACUACACUUAACUGUUGUGGUCAAACCUAAAUUAUCGACUACACUUAACUGUUGUGGUCAAAACUAAAUUAUCGACUACACUUAACUGUUGUGGUCAAACCUAAAUUAUCGACUACACUUAACUGUUGUGGUCAAACCUAAAUGAUCGACUAUACUUAACUGUUCUGGUCAAACCUAAAUUAUCGACUACACUUAACUGUUGUGGUCAAACCUAAAUUAUCGACUACACUUAACUGUUGUGGUCAAAACUAAAUUAUCGACUACACUUAACUGUUGUGGUCAAACCUAAAUUAUCGACUACACUUAACUGUUGUGGUCAAACCUAAAUUAUCGACUACACUUAACUGUUCUGGUCAAACCUAAAUUAUCGACUACACUUAACUGUUGUGGUCAAACCUAAAUUAUCGACUACACUGAACUGUUGUGGUCAAACCUAAAUUAUCGACUACACUUAACUGGUGUGGUCAAACCCAACUUAACGACUACACUUCACUGUUCUGGUCAAACCUAAAUUAUCGACUACACUUGGCUGUUCUGGUCAAAACUAACUAAGCGACGUCAUUUAAGUACUUGAUAUCAUGAAGUUUACAUAAAUUAAGAUCUGGAAAGUCUAAGACGAAAUAAUUUUUUUUUUCCAACUUGAAAAGUCGAAAUAAUUUUUAAAAGCUUGCAAUUUACAUGAAAAGGUGCAUAUCCUGAGGAGGAGAACAAACAAAUAUAAUGCAUAUUUGCAAUUAUUCGUCGUUUCUUCUGAAAAAUUUCAAAAAAAAAAAAAUCACAAAUUUAAGAGAUGUUGAUAGCUUAUUAUUUUUUAAAACAAAUAUCUUAUUUCCCCUGUACAGCUGAGAUUAUAGAUGCUACAAGGCAAAGGGCUUCUUGUAUACAAGCUGAAGCAAAACUUGCCCCCAAUGAAAUGACAUCAGAAGACUGCCUGUUUCUGAACAUCUUCGUCAAAGAUCUCCAAGGCAGCCCCGCGGCACGAAAGAAAGUCCUCGUGUACAUACACGGUGGGGCUUUCUUCUUGGGAUCUUCGUUUGUCUUUAGUCCCGGAAGUAUAGUCACGGACCACGACAUUAUUGUUGUCGUCAUUCAGUAUCGAAUCGGCGCGCUUGGGUUUCUGACGACAAGGAAUCAGGCUGCUUUGGGGAACUACGCUCUCUGGGAUCAGGUCCUUGCCUUGAAAUGGGUUAAAGACAACAUUGGCGCUUUCGGCGGAGACGCAAAUGACGUAACGGUUGCAGGAGAAUCAGCAGGGUCUAUGUCCGUGUCGAUCCUCACAUUGAGCCCAGAGACAAAGGGACUGUUCACCAAGGCUUAUUCCGCUAGUGGGGUGGCCAUGUCAACCAUUACCGACUACAGAAACAGUGACAGCAUCAUUAUGUCCCUGGCUAAAUCUCUCAACUGCUGGAACAAGACUGAUACGGUAAAGUUAGAUACCAUCACGUCGGUGGAAGUCGUUCAGUGCCUACGUGCCCGCCCAUCUUCAGACUUUGCAAAGAUUCAAUUUGCCACUAGUUCUAAGCCGAUCUACGUGCCCUGGGUAGAUGGUGAGAUUAUUCCUAGAUCUCCGAGGGAUCUGUUGAAAGACACGGAAUACUUAAAAAGUAUAGGGUUUUACGACAGGAGAUAUCUCUACAGCGUGACGAACAACGAGCAAUCGGUUCUUGCUCAGUUCCUAGCGGAAACAAAGAUGCAUAUAUACAGUAACAAAACCCUCUCGGAAGAAGACAAAGAAAAGAGCUGGCGAAACGCACUCUCGGCAUCAACCAGGAAAUCCGUUUACGACAUCCUGGGAGCCGAACACGCCACGGAUAAAAACAUCAGAACCGCCCAAGACUGGUAUUCAGCCAGGCGGUCUGCGCCGUACGACGUGUACGAACUUAACGCAGAUCUGACCUUUAUUAUCCCCACUUUUGAUUUUCUCGACGUCAUAGCGAAGAGCGGGCGCACGUAUUCCUGGCUCCUGUAUUUCAACCACUAUCCGAAAGUUAUAACGGGUAAUUCCAAAGGAGUUGCACACGGACUGGACCUGGCCUAUUGGUUUGACUUCAACACUGAUACGAUACGUAGGCGUUUUGUCGCCGGUAUAGGUGAGUUUGAGGAGGAGGAUUUGAACCUGAAGAAAGUCUUUUCCAGCGUCGUGGCCAACUUUGCUAUACAUGGGUGAGUAAGAUAUUUCGGGUUAGAACUUUAAAAAAAACUUAAAAUAAAUAUUUUAAAAAAAAAUUAUUAAGCGAUAGGUAUUCCAUCCGACGUUAAAAAAUAGUAUCCCUACUGAACCCUCAUACAGUUGGAAGGUGUCUAAAGUUCCGGGCUGUAAUUGUUAGUUAUUGUUAACAACAAUGCCACAAUUCCCAUAAUUCAAUGAUCCUAUAUUACAGCAAUGGAAGCCUACAACAGCCGCGUAGCGCAACGAUCCCACGGUACACUAAUCCCUCAAGGACAACAGUCCCACUGUGUCGCUAUUCUUAGUUACAAAGAGUUAAAUUAGUGGAAUAAAAAGUGCAUUGAAGAACUCAAUUAGAUAUUAACUUUCAGAUAUGUUAAAGUUUAUUUGAUCUAUCGCCACAACAUUAAAAUAAUAUGGUAAUCAUCAUUACGUUAUUAUUAUUAUGCAUUAUUACCUGUGCCGUCCUGUGCCUUUAAAAAAAAAAACGUUUGAUAUUUUUAGGUCGGUUUUUAAAACUUAGUAAUGUCGGCAUUGCUAGAGAAAAGAAAGUGUAUUGAAAUUAUGACCAAUUUGAUGUGAAAUUUGUUUAGAUUUAGUGGAGAUGAUCUAGAGUUCUCCUGAAAGAUAAGCGUCUUAUAGCCCUUUUGGUCGUUCAUUACCAUACAUUCUUCCAAAUAAUUUGUUAUCUUUUGUUUUCAUUGGUAUGUUGACAUCGGUUUGUUAACAGAUGGCUUUCAUGCAAACAGUUGACAUUCGUUGUCACAUACACCGAUUUUAACAGAGAAUAAUUAAAACACUUGACGAAUAACGUGUGCAGGCCAAUCUGUUAACCUUUGAAUCAUGCAUGGCUUAUCACAUCGUGUGUGCUAUUUUCAUAAAUAAUUCAUCAGUAAAAAGCAUAAAUUAAUUCUUCUUCAACGCAUCCACCUCUUUACAUUUGGUGUUAUCAUUUCCUUAGGGAUCCGAUACACUAACCUAUCGUUAACUAGUUAACUAUGAUCCCCAGAAACCCAGAAUCCCCUCUGCUGGACUUGGGGUCAUGUCGAUGGAGACCUAACGGCUCGUACUAUUUGAACUUUAAGCCUAGAGCCACCGUAGAGAGGAAUCUGAGACUAGAACAGAGACAGCUGUGGACGAAAGAAGUGUUGGGAACAUGUUCAGAGGAAUGGGGUGCCACAUCUGGUUUCAAGUUUUGGAGUGCUUACAGCAUUACAUCGUUUACGGUUCUCUUAACAUCAUUUUGCGUGUCUUUUAUCCCACUCUUAUGAUCCUACUGUAGCAUUUUAAGUCACCUAAUUGUACGAAAUUAGAAAAAGAAGUAUCUUUUCAUUAGAAAUUACUUUAACAAAAAUAAAUAUUGUGCGUAACAUAAACUGUCAACUAUAACCAUGCAUCUAGUAAUUUAUAGUUUGCAAUUAAGGCUUUAAAUAGCUUCUUUAAAAAAAAAAAUUAAAAUUCUUCAUUCAUCCAUUGAAAUUGUAUUUUACAGUAAUAAACUUCU